AUGAAAACGUACAGUAGGAAAAAGGGCGACAGCCCGAGCAACGUGAUCAUCCAUGUGAACGAGCUGUGCCGACUGUGUCUGGCCAAGGAGGAGGAGAUGGUACCGCUCUACGACGACGAGACAGUGCCGUUGCCGCUGCGAAUACUCGCCUGCGUCAACAUCGAGGUUUACGAGCAAGAUGGUCUGCCCAACAUGAUAUGUCAUCCAUGCAAGUAUCAGUUGGAAAAGUCAUAUCAAUUUAGAAAAAAAUGCCAGGCUGCCGAUGUCAAAUUGAGGAAGCAUAUGAAACUGAUACAGCAGCUGACUGGACAGGACGAGGAGGGUGAAAGUCAGGAUGACGAAAACCAAGAUAGCAGCAGGAAGGAAUCUUCCGCUACUGGCAAAUCUAAGCAAGUUAAACAGUUGUUGGCUGAUCUGGUUGCGAUCAAAGGUAACAGCAGUCAAGUGGAUGGAAAUCCUAUUGAGGUAACGGAAGAAGAACUCGUCGGAGGUUAUAUUCUGGGUAUGAAUUCGGAAAAUCCAGAGAUGGAAGAAAAUGUCUCAGAGGAUCCCGAGAACAUCACGUUGAUACCUGCCGAGGAACGGACGGCGAAGGCAAGAUGCACAAUAAGAGCAACGCGCAUCAAGCAGGAGCAGGAAUCUGACGAUGAAACGGAAGAUGUACAAAGAUCGAUUGUUGGUACGGAACACAAGAAUGUUUAUAUGAUGGAACUGACCAGCAACAGUUCCGUUCAAGGAGAAUCGUUAAAGCUGCAACCUAUAACGGAUACUAUGGUUGAUGCGAAUCCGGAACUGAAAGUGUUCAAAUGCGACAAAUGUCCUAAAGCGUUCACUCGCAGAAUAAUGUUGAAAAGUCAUCAAUCUGUGCAUUCUACGCAACGGGGAUUCACAUGUCAGGCAUGUGAGAAGUGGUUCCCGACUAGAUCAGCGCUAGUCAGACACGAACGUACACACACUGGCGAGAAACCGUUCGGUUGCAACAUCUGCCAUCGUGCCUUUGCGCAAAAAGAGAUCUUGUUCCGUCACCUGAUGACCCAUUCCGGCCAGAAACCGUUCCAAUGUCAACACUGCGAUAAAAGUUUCACGCAACGGGAAGCACUGAAGGUGCACAUGCGCAGGCAUCAGAAGCUGAAUCCGAACGAUAUCCAACUGCAUCAUUGUCAGCUCUGUCCAAAAGCAUUCUGCCAUGCGUCAGGCCUCAGCAGGCACCUGGUCACUCAUACCGGCAGAACGUACAAAUGCGUGGAAUGCGAGAAAUCCUUUACCGACAAGAGUUCACUGCUGAGGCACAGUCGCAUCCACGCGCCGAAAAAACUUAUGUCAAAUUAAACUCUCUCUUUGCGUACUUCGUAAAUGGAAAUGUCUCUUUAUGAAUCUAACAAUGCGACCAUCAGUUUCAAGUUCGAAAUACGCGGAUGGUAUGACAUUAGCGAAACAAAUCUUUAGAUUAAGUAUUCUUUAUGAAUAGUUUAUGUCGUUGCAAUAUUUUCCGCAUAAUUUUUACAUGCAAGUCAUACGUUUAACAUUAAAGAAUAUCAUUUAUUUCGCUGAUUCUUGUAUGAGUACAUGCAUUAUUUGUCCAAAUAUUACACAUGAUCAAAAAAGAGAAAAGAUGCACACAUACGUAUAUCGAGUAUGAUUUCGUAUAAUAAAUGAUAAGGAUGGUCGAAACGAAACUGAUGUACAUUUUAUAUCUCGAAUAAUUGACCAGGCUUGUUUUUAUAAAGCUCGAUUAUAUGUUACUUUUCAAAUCAUAAAAGAUAUGAUAAUGAAAUAUAUACAAGUUGGAAAAUAACAUGGCGAGUUAUUUGUUAUGUCUGACUCGCAGUGCAUGAUUUAUUAUUGCUCUAUUCAGCUCCUUAAACAGUAACACUAAUGUAUAGGCAUACCAAUUAUAUUCUUCUAUUUCACCAGUCAUUACGCGACACAACUUUUAUAUAUAAAAGUUUAUAUAUAAAAGUUUUAUAUAUAAAAUUUAUAUAUAAAAGAUAACAUAAGAUUAUAAAUCUCAUGUAUUCUUUGCAAUAUAUACGUUUAUACAACUAUUCAUAUAUAUAAUUGGUGUAUAUAUAGUUUUAAACAUAAAGAAUCGACGCAGAGUUAUAUAUGUCGUGUGCAGGUAAAUGUCAUGCCGCAGACAACUGUCAUCCCUGUAAUUACGUAUAAUUACCCUAUAUUUAUACCUUUAUGUUAAAUAACAUGCAUCUGUGAAAGAGAUACAUUGUAAAAGUAUCAAUAUAAUGUAACAAAAUGCAUGACAAAUACAUCGUUGCGGAGAUUAUUCUACACAUUACGCAAUCGUGUUUAUACACAUCUCAUUACAUGAUUAAACAGUGGAAAGUGACAUAUGAUCGUGCAAAUGCAUAUAAAAAAUUUCUCGCCAUUUGAGCGAGCCAGUCACAGUGUCUGGUGCGACAGAGCUCAAUAAUUUUACCGGGAAAACAUUGACAAAAAUAUAAAGUUAAUCCUCCGAAUUGUAAAUUAUGUCGGAACGCUGGGAAGAUCAAGGAUUAAAUACGCUUCUCGUUUAGACAAUGGUGCGAAAUGAACGACAGGCAAAUAUUUUUAUUAAAAAAUCCGUUUUAUUGUGUCUUUCUUUCUUGAAGAUCUUGUGCACUGUUACAUAUUGCCGAUAUUGUUGCGUCACAAAUCGCAUAUACAUCAAUUCUUUGACAGAAAAUUACUAAAUCUUUUUACAACAGUUUUUCUGUGGAAUUUUCCGUUAAAAUCCAAAUAAGGAUAUGUCGAAACACGUAUACCAAACAAUGAAAAUUGUCUCAAUUUUCGAGCUCCGUCAUACGAUCUGUGCUGGACCUCUACAAGAUUAGAUUGAUGGAUUCCUUUUUUUCUUGAUGUUGCGAUUAUUCUACUUGAAUAAAAUUGUAUAGCAAAGGGGGAAACGACUAUGUACUUAAUCGAGCGAGCCUGGUACGUUCGCAGAUAUUCGAUCGUGUUAUUCACGUAAGCUAUAAACCGAUGAAACCUAAGCCUUAGAUCGAAGCUACUGCUAUUCUGACAAUUUUUAAAUAUUCUAAAAUGUUUAACAACGGUUACUUUCACCGAUCAAUCCGGUAUUACGACGUAAAUCGUGUAAAACUUGUGAACGCAACUCACAAAACGUCAUUUCCUGCUUUGCUACGCCGCCAAUUCACAUAACCCUCGCACACUCUCGAGCGAUUAAUAACUCUAAUAAAGAUACACGUACACGAAAGAUCGAUCGAUCAACGGAGAACAAUGGUAGUAGAGCGCGGGACCUUCGAAUCCUGUAUUGCACUCCGGUUCAAAAGAAGUGCGCAAGUUAGUCUAAAUUAGAUUAAAUCGGAGCGUCGAACUUUCAUGUACGUGAGAGGCUACUAAUACCGCUAAAAAUCUACGAGACUGCCGAGUUUCAUCUCGGAGUUUAACCCCGGAAACUUGCAUCAUCGAUAGCGUCCGUUUUUUUAUACACUUUCCUCGAACGUAAAGUUAUUGUUAGAUUCGCUACAACAGUUAAUCCCCCCCCCCCCUUUUUCUUUCAUUAUGGAUCCGCGACAAGGCCGUAGUCGAUUCGCCGUUGUCAGAGAGUUGUAAAUGACUCAAACGAAAUGUUCAAGAAGCUUCUCGGGACGCGCGAGUCGGCUCACUCACAAUGA